AUGAUGGCCUCGGCCACCCCAGGCCUCACCCUGCUCAUGCACCGGCUGCUGCUGGCCGAGGUCCAUCGGUCGCCCAUGGGGUUCUCACUGGAUGACAUCGUGCUGCUCAGCCUAGGACCCGCCCACACGGACGCUGCUGGCUGGGCCUCGCUGGAGUUGGUGCAGAACGAGGCACUGGAGGACAUCGACCUGUCCCUGGCCAAAGCCUCAAACAGCGCCAUCUCGUACGGCGUCACGCAGGGCAGGUCGGAGGGCUCCGGGGCCGAGGGUCGCAGGCCGAGGGGAGCCCUCGCCGCGGCGGCAUCGGCCUCGCCGUGUCCCUGCCAGGGCGAGCUCCACAGGACGGGUCCCGCGGCAGCGCUCUGGACUCCCCGGGCUGAGCGGAAGGCGGAGGAUGUGGCGGAGGCGGCCCCUGCUACGACUACGGCGCAGCCCGACGAGCCCGAGGGGCAGGACUCCGAGGCUGCCGAUGCGGCGGGCGAGGACUGCGAGGAGAUCAAGGUGUGGAAGGGCAAGUGCCACACGUCCACACCAGGCGAGUCCUGCUUCUCGAGCGUCGACUGGGCCCUGAAGGUGGGCCUCCCGAGCCACCCCGACUGGUACGUCGGCAUCGAAGCGGACGCCACCUUCGAGGAGGUCCAGGGCUUCUUGCACGACCACCACUUCCAGCUCAGCUGCUGCCCCACUCCGUGCAAGCCAGGAGCGCUCGCGGUGUCUCUCGACGACGUGGAGGGCGCCGCCACUGAUGCCGAAUCGGAGGACGGCGACGGCGACGGCGGGCGGGCGGGCUGCAGGUCGGUGGACGAGGGGGACCCGUGCUACGAGGCCGUGGAUUGGGCCAUGACCGUCGGGAUCUUGCAGCAUCCCGAGUGGUACGAGGGCGAGGGCGUCACUCUCACAGGAGACUCCAGUUUCGACGACUUUCAGCAAUUCUUGCACGAUGAGCGCCAGAUGUGCCCAGCACCAUGCCGCAGCAGCACCACCACCGUCGGCAACACCGGCAAAGGUGCUUCCACCAGGGCUGGCACUAGCCUCACCAGCAUUACGACCAGCAGAAGCCCCAGGAGCACAAGUAGCAUCAGCAGCAGCACCAGCAGCAGCACCAGCAGCAGCAGCACCAACGGCAGCAGCAGCAGCAGCAGCAGCAGCAGCAGCAGCAGGACCACAACCGCCAUCAGCGAUGCCGGCAGCAGCUGUAAGACGUCCGUGAAGGGGGAUGACUGCUACUUGAGUGUGGUCUGGGCCAUGGAGCACGGGAUCAAGAAGCACGCCGACUGGUACCCUGGCCUCAGCGGGGACUCGACCUUCGAGGAUUUCCAGAGGGUGCUUCACGAGAAGUUCCCCGCCAUGAGCAGAUGUUCUUUGCCGUGCUCUUCGCCAGCAGAGCCUGCUGCGGCGCAGGCCUCGGACGAGCGGCCAGCGAAGGUGCUGGAGGCAGCGCCGCGCAGCAUCCAGGACUCGCAGGUCAUCGUUGCGGCCGAGGAAGAGAUGAACAAGUCAGUUCUUGCACUUGCAAGUGGCGGCGUGAUCAAGAACUCUUCGUCUGCGGCCAAGAACUCGUCGGCCAAGCACUCGUCGGCCGCCAAGAACUCGUCGACCGCCAAGAAUUCGUCGGCCGCCAAGGCAACACCCGCUAUACAUGAUGCUGGUGCUGUUGACGCUCCUGUUGAUCCUGAGGCGCGUUGCACAGUAUGA